UGCCAUUGGAUAGAGGAAGAGUCCCUGGAAAGAAGAUCUGCAGCACUAGCUUGCAAAAGAUUGAGAGGGUCUCACACAUUUGACGUGCUUGCUGGUGCGCUUGAUGAUAUCCAUUGCCAAUACAAGAUUAGAGGCAAAGUUGUAAGAACCACAACUGAUAGUGGAUCCAACUUUGUCAAGGCCUUCCACAUGUUUGGGGCACAAAAUGAUGCAGAUGAAGCUGAAGCUGAAGAUGAAGCAGACCCAGAAACUCUUGACGUGACUGACCAUAUUGACUACCAUGAGGCAAGUGCAAUUCUUGAUGAAGACUCUGGUUUGGAGUAUCAACUCCCGCCUCAUCAGCGAUGUGCAUGUCACCUGCUAAACCUUGUGGCAACAACUGAUGCUGCCCUAGCAGAGAGCAUGAAUGACACCUACAAGAGGCUCUCCCGUGCAACCUUUGCAAAAUGCCAGGCCAUUUGGAACAAAACUGGCCGGUCUCAUUUGGCUAAUGAAGUGGUAGAGGACAAGUGUGAGCUACAGAUCAUUCGUCCCAAUGCAACACGGUGGAAUUCAGCCUACCUUGCCAUUGAAAGGAUAAUACGCAUCAUUGAUGAGAAGGGGGAAGAUGCCAUCAGGAGCAUUUGUGAGGAGUUCAAGGUGAAAAUGUUGAGUCCUGCAGAAGUUGCAUUCCUUAGGGAGUACUGUACCACCAUGAAGCCACUGGUGAAAGCUUCAAAUAUCCUUCAGUCUGAGUCCACUUCCUUUAUGGGAUGGCUCCUGCCAGUAAUCCAACAACUACUUUCCAAACUUAGCAGGCUGGAGACAUCAAGCAAGACAUGCGUGCCACUCAUCAGAGCCCUGCAAAAUGGCCUUCAAAAGCAUUUUAGACCGAUGAUGGAGGAUCCAGAGUUGGAUGCAGCUGCAGUCCUCUUACCCAAGUUCAAGACUUCCUGGACUGACAGAGCAGAUGUAAUAGGGGCUGCCUUGACAUACAUCAAACAACAUCUUGAAAUGACAGAGCAUGAGAGUGAGGAUCAGCAAAGAGAGUCAUCUGAUGAAGAUGAAUUCUUCUCCAAACCAAUCUCCAGAAGGCUGCAAAGUGCAGUUGAGCUUGAUGGUUAUCUUGCUUGUGCCACAGACACCAUGGAGCUGCUGCACUCCUUCUCAGCCAUCAAAAACCUCUCUCUUAAACUGAACACAGCUCUGCCUGCUUCUGCUGCGUGUGAACGACUUUUUAGCUGUGCUGGUCUACUCUUCACAGCCAAACGAAGUCGAAUAGCAUCUGUUAAUUUAGAAAACCAGCUCUUGCUGAAACUGAACAAAAGGUUCAGAAAGUAAAGUGUGACAGAAAUGCUAAGAGUUUAAGACACUUACCUGCCUGUUGUUUAGUGUAUGGGGAAAAGUUUAAACGGUUCUACGCAUGUUCAGAAACAUUUUUGUCAUUGUUUUAACAAACAAAAUUCCUCCUUUUAUAUCUACAUUUAUUUACAAAACAAGUUACCUUUCUAUACGUUGUUCAUCUGAGAAAUGUGCUUUGAACAUAAAUAUUUAUACUGGUGAAUCGAGUUGAAUGCCUGCUAUUGACGACAGAAUAAAACAUCAGUCUGUUAACAAGUAAUUAAUACUCUGAGUAGUUUUUGAGAAGAGUACUUUGUACUUUUACUCAAGUAUUUUUUUAACACCAGUACUUUUACUUGUAAUUGAGUACAAUUUAACCAGUGUAACAGUACUUGUACUUGAGUACAAAUUUUGAGUA